AUGUAUGGUGGCGCUUCUAUCGAUUGAUCGACGCGAUGUUUUUAACUUCAGGUCAGUCUUCUUUUUACCUAGCAUUAAUUUUCGAUAUCUAACAAAUUAUUAGAGGGAUUAUUUGAUUGAAACAAGUUAUUCUGAUCAUGAAUUCGGAAGAAUUAAGUUUAAAUCAAUGAAUUUGAUGUCUGGUGAGUAGUGUCACUCACUCAGACUCAGUCUCAGUUGUCACUCACUGUGUGUGGAUCAGUGCCGUCAGGCGUCUUUAUUAUUCUUCUUCUUCUUCUUCAAGCUACACUGCCUCCUUCAAUCCUGAAGAUUCUUGCAGUAUUGUAGUACCGGGGACCGGCAGGUGCAAUACACCGGGUGAACACCCUACUCUUUGACGAAGAGUGUAUUGGUUUUAACGUGCAUAGGUUGUGACUCUCCUAUACACGGGACCAACAUUUGUUUUCCAACUGCAUUCACACCCGCACUGAACACAGCGGUGAGGCACGCUAACACACAAUGCUAGCAUCAGUUUUAUUGUUAGACGUCUUCCGGCAUGCUGCGGGACUCGAACCCACGCACGUUGAGAUCUACGAUCUUUUCCGGAACAGGCGCCCUAACCGACUGAGCUACACUGCCUCCGUAUUAUUAUUAGGACAUAAGUUAGGCCUAAUCAAUGCGACGGGAAUUGAUAAAAGAAAUGAUACUAGAGGGAGAGAGUGAUCUGAUUUGUUGGUCAGUUGGAGAAGAAUUAAGAAGUUGUAAGCUACACUUAGUGGAAUGGAGCGGAUUGAAUCUUUUGUGAUUGAUCACCUGGCUUUAAGUGAUUAAAGGACACGGACUUGAUAAAUCCAAGAUGAGUGGAGAAGAGAAAAAAAUGGAAGUGGACGAUACCCCUGUUUCCAACAAGGAAGGGUGCGCUGAAGGUGAGGAGUGUACCGGAUCAGGAAGCAAAGACGUCACGAUGGACCAAUCUAAUGUUCACAGCGGUGGUGAUCAUGGAGCCCCAGUUGAAAAUAAAGUUGCCAAAAAGAGUCCAAAGAAGAGUAAAGGAGAGCAAAAGAAUUCAGUCAAGAAAGUCAAGAAGGGCAUUUUCAUCUCAUACUCGCCCGAUGGAGGAUUCCUAGAACGCUUGUUUGUGUGCACUGCUGUAAGACAAUUCAAGGAAAAUAACCUUGAAGAGGAUAUUUGGUUUGAUAAGGAUGAACACAACACGGACAGUCCGGCUUGGUUCGCACAUCGCAUGGAAGCUGUUGAAAAGUGCAGGGCUGCUGUGUGUUUCUUAACAGAAUGUUAUUUUCAGUGCCCGGUGUCUAUCUAUGAAUUACGUUGCUUGCUGGAGAGGCAGAACUCAAGCAAUUCCCCUAAGGUGUUUGCAGUACUCUGUGAGAGUGUGGAAAUUCCGAAGCAAUACAAUUCCUUGUUGCGUGAUCUCGUUAACAUAUCGAAUCACAAUAAUACCAGUAUCGCCGAAAGAGCAUCAAGAGUUAUAGGUUCUCUCAUGCUCAAGUUGGAGCCGUACAUCAGCAUCAACGCUCCUUAUGCUCCUGUGAUAAACACUGAAGAGUUCACCAAGGAAUACAAAGACAAGAAGCUUUGUCGGUGGAGCAGGAAUGACCUCCAAAGCUGGCUCCAUGAUCUCGGAAUCAAGGAGUUCUACUGUCAGAGUUUUGCGGAGAUGGACAUUGACGGUUUCCUGCUCAUGUCCCUCAUGGAUCAAGAUAUGCAGGAACGACUCGGGGUGGAUAGCAGGGUGGUUCGCAGGAAGAUCCUACAGCACAUAGUGGCCAUCCUGGAGAAGGAACACAAGCUGGCAGAUAACUGGCACCUGAGGGCUCGGACGCAACGCCCCAAAACAGACACCAUCUAUAUCAUCUAUGACCCAGCUGAUGUCAAGCUGGCCCAUAAUCUGAAGCAGGAUCUCAAGAGAAAAGGCCUAACAGUAACGAGCCAUGAGAAGUUGGGAAGCUCACGAGACGAGUUCCUCCAGAUCAAUGGCCCCAGCCUAGCCGCAGCCAAACACCUCUUAGUAAUCAUGACGGAUGCUUCCAGUGUCUCGCCGUUUGUCUUCCAUGAAGUCCUCUUUGCUGACUGGCUCGGUAAAAACCUGGUGACGGCCAUGUUCAAGAACUCCUGGGAGAAACUCAGACCUUCGCUCAAAGCAGUCUUAGGAGAAUGCAGUGCUAUAGACUUUGAGACUAAGAUGUAUACUGAGGCUAUGGAUGUCCUGGAACAUCAGAUUAAGCCAUUGAAGAGAGUACCAGGUGUGGUCCUGGAACAGAGUUAUCUUAACCGUAUGAUGGAUGGACUGAAACCUCUCCAAGUCCUUGGGACAACAUCUCAUGCUUCUUGGAGUGGGAAUAGUAACAUAGUUGAACCAAGGGUGUUCAUAUCAUAUCAAUGGGAUGCUCAUAAUAAGGUUCAGGACAUUAAAAGACUUUUAGAAAGCAACGGCAUCCCUUGCUGGGCGGAGUCCAUCCCGACAAUGUCCCAAGACACUCGGGGCUCUAGUGGGGGCAGCCACCGCACCGUUGGGUCCGGCCAGCAAUCCUCUGGUUCCCAGAUCCCCGCCUCCGCCCACGAGACGGCGCAAGACCACAUCCACCGCAACAUGCGAUCGUCCGCGAUCAUCGUCUCCUGCGUCACGUCGCGGUACCUCCAGUCGGAUAACUGCGUGAAGGAUCUGAUUCUGGCUGACUCGUUGCGUCGUCUGAUCAUUCCGGUCAUGCUACGGUUUGUUCCAUGGCCGCCUGAUUGUGGGAUGUCGGCAGUGAAGAAGAUUCUUGCCCGAACGAGCCCAGUGGACUUCAGCAAUGAGAAACUCUACAAGCAGAAUUUUCAUCUCUUACUUGAAAGGGUAAGAAAACACUUGCAAAAUCUUAGAAUGUAAGAAAUAUAUUACACUACAUGACUUGUUAAAGGGGAAACCAACCUUUGUUCAUAACUCUCCUUUUUUAAAAUUUUGUUCACACUUCAUCUAUCUAUUUCUCUGAUUUUCCAUUCUUUAAAAAACAACUUUUCUUUUUGGAUAGGAUUCCAUUCAUGAAAUGUUCACGAGAUAAUCGCUUAUUGCUUGGACAAUCAAGUUUAAAAAAAGUUCUGAUCAGUUUCUACUUAAUUUAGAAUCACCACAGAGCUUUUUUAUGUCUAGAGUUUAUGGAAUUAAAUAAUUUUAUGAACAAGUGCAUGGAUUUGAGGUUUAUGCUUCAACAAAUGAUUCAAUUUUUAGAAUGCAUAAAGUUUGGUGUUUUGGAAAUAGCUGAUCACUGUAGAACUUGUACAGUGACAUUAACUUCAUAUUAUUUCAGGAGUCAGGAUAUAACUUUUUAUAUGUGCUGUGAGGUAGGGCAAUUGAUUUUACACAGCAGCAGCAGGUGAUGCAAUUUUAUCUGAAUUCUUGUUUAUAAAGAAUUGGAUAAUGUAAAACUUUUUUUUAUCUAAGCAAACUUUAGUUUGAAUCAAUUACAUGUAAAUUACAAAUAUAAGCUCAUUGUCAAUUUUUGGUCAUAAUUGUAAAGCACACAGUUCAUAUAAUGGUGAUUUUGUACUUGUUUGUUUGAUACACUUUUGUGCACAGAAUACAUAAAAGAAUAUCUGGUUUUAUGCAAUUAAAAGAGAAUCAUUUCAGUGAAUGUGUUGAUAAUUGUGCAAUUAAGUGGGUUGUGCUUUGUUUUAAAUUAAAGUGUGCUGUACAUUGUACCUGAUAGUUAGGGCAUACAAAUAUGCAUAUACAUAUAUUAGGAGCAGGACUGUUGAGAAAGUUUUCAACUGAGUAUUGUUUUUAUUUGUUUUUGUUUUUUAUGUGUGAUUAAUAAAAAAAUAUGGUAUGGACUAUGGACCGUCUAAACUGGCAAGAAAUUUAAAGACUUCUUUGUGUGAGUUGCCAUAUGCACUGCAAAUUCAAGCUGUUUUUUUUUUAUAAUAAGUAUUUUCAGAGGUGAAAUGACAGAUCACUCCUCAUUUUUGCUGGAUAAUGAGAAAAGACUAAAUAAGUAAUAACAGAAAAUGUAUUUCAUAUACAUCGGAAUGUAUUUAGAUUAGGCCUACUGUGUUAUCAGUGUAUUAGUUUAUUAAAUAAUGUACAUGUACAUGUAAACAUGAGUAUUGAUAAAUGACUAUUGAAGAGCUAUAUAUAUUUAGGUUCUCCUUUGUUUCAUUUACAUGUACAUCAUAAUUAUAUGAAUAUCUUUUUUUUAUUAUUACAGUGAAGAUAUAUCAGAAUUUAAGAUAUAACUUGUUUGGGCAUAAAUUUCAUACUAUUAACAAAUUUAUCAAUAACAAUACUAAUUGUGCUUAAGAUUUAUCAUUUUAAUUAACAAAAAAGGAAUUAACAGUUUAAUAUUUGUGUUUUUUAAGUAAAACUGCAAGCUUUAUUUUAUUAACUGGUCUAUGUCGUUAACAUGUUAGGUAGAUAAUACAUGUGCAUGUUUUAUUUGCAGUUUGUGCUAUUUUGUAUUUGUGAAUAAUGAUAAUGUCAUGGGCAGCUAAAUGUUAACUAUGCAACACAACUGUUUUGAUAUGCAAAUGAUAUUUCAGAAUAUAUCGCAAAUUUGUUUUAAAUUUAUUGUCAAUCUUCAUACAGUACAUCAUUCAGUGAUGAGUUUAGAAUUGAUAUAGGUUCAUUGAUAGCAGAACAGAAUGAAUUUGGAUCGAAAACGAUGAUGUAUAUAUGUAUAAUGUUUAGAACAGGCCUAUGAAAUGGGGACUGAAAUUUGUAAAAUUCAAGUUUGAAUUUACAUGUAAAAAGCCUUGUGCUAUAUAUUUUAUGUACACUGUACAUCGUCAAUCCUCAUCUAAAUCCAGUUAACCAUAUAUGUCUUAUGCUGUCACAAUUUAUAUUAGAUGUGCUUCAAAAGUAUAUAUACACUGUAUGGAAAGUAUUAAUGUAGGAAAAAUGUACAUCAUUAUGUUAAAAGUCAGAUACAUGUACAUGUAUGAGGAUAUUAUUCCUAAGUUUAAUUGAAUUGGUAUUGAAUUGAUUUGCAUUGAAUUGAAUUGAAUUGAAUUGAAUUUAUUCCACAACUUUAAAAUCAUUUACAAUCACCAAGGUGUACACAAAAAAGGUUCAUUAAAACCUCUGAAAUCAUCAAUACCAUUAUACAUGUAUUCCAUUCAUUCCGUCCAUUUUACUGUCCCCAAAGAGGACAUCAGGCGAAUUUGAUUAACAUGAGAGUAUUCAUAAUUUUUUGAUAUCCUGUUAGUCAUCAUAUUUUUAAAAUUCCGUCCAUUAUAUUGCCUUUCCAACAAUAUUGUAAAUAGGUUAUGCAACUUUGAUGAUUUUGUAUAUAUUGCUUCAUCAAUCAUUUUUUGUAAACAUAUAAAGCAGAAAAUAGUAAAUUCUCAUGGAUGCUUCUAUGUUUGACAUAUUUUGCCAAUUGGACUGUGCUGUUAAGCAGUGAAAUAACUUGAAUAAAAAUGUGAAAAAAUAUGCAUGAAA